ACGAUCGUAGUAAGACAGGGGGCGCUGAAUUAUUCGAGUGAUAGGAGAACUGAAAUGUAAAUCGUAAUGCAGUAGCACUCAUAGUGGCUAUCGGUAUUAGUAAUAUAGAAAUGGUUACCUUUUACUAGGAUUUUAGCUAGAACACUUAUGUUCACGAGCAGAUAAAAAAAAAUCUGAAAAUGUCCAUUUUAGUAAAAGAUGUUUCAUCAAGUGAAACAGAAAAUUUAUUUGACAAUGAGUCAAUUUCUGAUGAUUGGAAUAAGAACAGAUAUCUGUAUGGGAAACCAACAGAGUCUCUCCAAUGUAAAAUCUGUAACAAAGUAUUUAUCUCUUCUAGUUUUCUAAAGUGUCACACAGAAAUGUACCACAAAGGUAAGGAAUGUGGUGAAUUUGCUGGUGUUCUAUGUAAUGAAGAACUUUCACUGGAAGCAAAAAGUUUUAAUGGAGAAGACAGUACUGGGGAUGAAGAUGAAAAUCACAUGUUCUGUAGUAACAGCUGUAAUGACAGUGUUAAUUGUGAAGUACAACUUGUGGAACUAAUGGAAGAUCAGCCUUUGAACAAUAUUCACAAGGAUGAAAAUGCAUGUAGUGAAAAUCAGUUUUCUGAGUUUGAUGAGAAUCAGGAGGAGAAUGAAGGAACUAGAGAAACAAAUGAAUCAUUUGCAUCUGAUAUUGAAAUGCACAAAAGUCAGUUUUGUCAAAGUUUAUUUAUUAAAGAAGGUUCUUUAGUUAACCAUGAGGAACAACAUGGUUCUUCAAGUUCUGAUGAACAUCAUUGUACUCAUUGUAUUUUUUCCUCUAAAAGCUACUCUGAUCUUUUAACACAUUUAGCUAUUCACCAAGAUGGUCAAGAAGAUGAACAAUCCUUGAGAUGCGUGGAAGGUGGGAAGAAUUUCAAAGCCAAAGACCAUCAACAUCAAGAAUCUGAUGCUCAAUUCCAAACAGUGAAGUGUAACAUUUGUGGCAGUAUGUUCAAAAAGGAGUCUGGUCUAGCUGUCCACAUGAGAUCUCAUCUAAAACGUGUUCGUACUUCACAAUCAUGUGAAAAUGUUAAACUUAAUAGUCAGGAAAUAAUUGUAAGAAAGAUCAAUAGUGCAGGAGAUAAGCGUUUUCACUGCUCUGUGUGCGAUAGAGGAUUUUCUUGCACAAACAACCUUAUGAAACAUUACAUAGCAAAACAUGAUCCUAACAAUCCAAACAUUCCUUCUACAUCUUUUGACAUGCAAAAACAAGAUGAUAAGAGUGGAGAAUUUUUGUCUACAGAUUCAUACCCAUGUGAAAAGUGUGGAAAAGUAUUUACUUCUAUGAAAAUGUUGGAAGGACAUAAAAAGAUACACCGAAAUGAAACAGAAAACAGACGUUUUAGCUGCCCUUAUUGUAAGUAUUCUACAAACAAGUCAACUGGUCUGCGAAACCAUGUAGCAAUCCACACAAAUGAACGACCAUAUCAAUGUAAUUAUUGUGGAAGAGGUUUCACAGAACAGAGCAGCUUACGUAAACAUAUGCUUACUCACACAGGAGAAAAACCUUAUGCCUGUGAUGUUUGUGGAAAAAAAUUCACACAGCGUGGACACAUAAACAUUCACAUGAGGAUCCACAACAAAGAAAAACCAUACCGCUGCCAAUUCUGUGAAAAAACAUUUGCUUAUCAUAAUGUCCUAACUAGACACCAGAAGACUCAUUCAGAAGAGAAACCAUAUAAAUGCACUUAUUGUAGUAAAAGCUUUAAAAGUAAAAGUGCUCAUCAAGGCCAUGAAAUUUCUAAACACACCCAUAAAUAUCCUGUUACAUGUACAGAAUGUGGAAAAGGAUUCAUAGAAUUUAGGAAUAUGCAGAUUCAUCUGAGGAAUAUCCAUAAUAUAGCUAUUUAUAAGCUUAAAGAUAAUUAAUAACAAUAACUUUGUCUUACUUGACAUUCAAUCCUUUACACCUGUAUGUAUGUGUGAUACAAAGUAAGUGGACACACACAAAAAUUCAAUGUAAAAAGGUAGAUUCAUUUAUUAAAAGGUA